GUGUGUGCCGUCUGUCCUAAUAACUGCUUAGGAUGUUUAAAUGCAAUAUCGUGUCAAACCUGUAGGCCUGGAUACACUGGAAGUGUAUGUGAACAUACUAUCAACUGCGCUCUCGACAACUGCAUAUGCACACCUGAAAGCACGUGCAAUGAAUGUAAACAUGGAUAUUAUAAUACAGCUAAUAACUGCACAAAUAUUUGCUUUAUUAACUGUUUGACGUGUACCGAUAAAACCACUUGCAUCACAUGCAAACAGGGUUGGUAUGGAACGUCAUGUGAAUUUACAUGCUCUGAAGGAUGCGACGGAAGAUCAUGUAAUAAAAUGGACGGGACGUGUAGCUGUGCUGCUCACUUUACAGGACCAAAAUGUGACAAGUGCGUGCUUGGAAGAUACGGUAUGUCAUGUGAAAUGCUGUGCUCCAAUAAAUGCGUCGAUGGAUCAUGUAACAAAUUAGACGGAUUGUGUGUUUGUAAAACAAACUUUGCAGGAUCAAAAUGCAAUCAGUGCGUACCUGGACGGUACGGUACGUCUUGUCACAAACAGUGCUCAGAUGGCUGCAUUUCCCGCGCGUGUAACAUAAUUGAUGGAAAUUGCACGUGUUUGGUUAAUUUUUCUGGCGAUACAUGUGAAGAUUGUGUCACAGGCAAGCAUGGUUUACUUUGCGACAAGACAUGUUCGACAGGAUGCGACAGGAAUGGUUGCAAUCAAAUGAACGGAAGCUGUUCUUGCGUUGAGGAAUACACAGGACCAACAUGCGAGCAAAUUAGAAGUAACUCUAGCACAACAUGCAUUGCAAACUGUUUAACCUGUAAUCAGACGAACGGAUGGUGCUUAUCAUGCGCCUCAAAACAUAUGUUUGGAUUUACUUGCGAUUUCGAGUGUAGCAAGCAUUGCCUUAACCAGUCUUGUUCCAUAAAUGGCGACUGCCACCUGGGAUGUGCUUUAAACUUCUACGGUAAGAAGUGCGACAUCCCAUGCCCAAACAAAUGUGCUGAAGUUGAGACGGGCUCUAGAUGUUCGCAGGAGAACGGCGUUUGCAAGAAUGGCUUAACAGGGACAUCUGAAACUGGAACACUGGAAAACAAGUCGGUGGAAACUGCUGGAAUUGUAGGAGGAGUGGCAGUCGUUGUUAUUGUAGGAUUGGUUCUGGCUGGAGUACUGGUGUACGUCCGUACAAGACGCAAUCAACGGCUGCAAUCUUCGGAAUACGAAACAACCCAAGUGCGUUCGAAAGAAGCUACAGGUACAGAUCUUCAUGUAUAUGCUGGACUCGACGAAAGAUAAACAGAUCACAGGAACCAGAGAUUUAAUAACACAACAGAAGCUAGCAUCAUUAACCUGUUGGUGCGAUAAGCUAUGGCUACCAAGCGUAUGUUUAUAACAGCCGUGAAUAACGUUCAAAAAAGUGAAUUAUUUUACAUCGUUCAACUCAAUAUGUGUAUGGUACACAUAUAUGGACUUUAUUUUUUUUUAUAAAUUUAGAUUGACAUUUUGAUGUGUUUAUCUUUGGGACCAUGAACAUUAAAGUUUCGGCAUAACACAAGGACCAUGAUGUACAUUGUUAUAUGUUUUUGUAUAUGAUAUAUUGUUGUAUUAAUUUAUUAUGUGUACUUUAUUUUGGUAAUUGUAAACAAACUGUAACAUAGUCUUUGAAGCACAAUAAGCGUACGCCGACAGCUCCAUUUCGUUUUUAUUGCCUUUUUUUAAUUCUGACACAACGUUGUCCAAUGUCUGUACAAUAUUCUGAACUAGAAGAUUAAUACGGCCUAACGGCUCGGGGCAAACCCGUGACAAUAUCAAAUUGUGUGCCUUCUAUAUCCGGUUUUGUGCGUGGUAACUGACUAACUACUCCAGCUGAAUAUAUUGAUAUAGAUUGUAACACUCAAUGGUGACAUGUGCAAUUUCCGACGGGAACGUGUUCAAAAUUACGUGUCUAAAGGUAGCGACGUAACAUGACGCAUGUAAUUGACAUAUAUGGGCGUCCGCCCGUCAUUUACAUGAAAUUAUACAACAAUAAAUUGUCCGCAUGCUUACCCAAUAUAUGACUAAUCAGCGGAACAAGCCAUGGGUAAUUAACUUGGUGUAUUCUUCUCGUACAGUUUGACGUUUACUUAUGGUGUUUGUUCUCAAAUCUAUUUAGGUAGACACGAUAUUGAACCUAAUGCAAAACAAACAUAAAUUAAUAUUAUCUUUAGUAAUAUAUCUUAGGUACUAUGUGACAAUACAUUAUAUUGUAAUACUAUAUUA